CCGAAAAGUAACCAACCAAGGAACAUCUACAUCUUGAAGUUUUGUAAAACCUGCCGUUAAGGACUCUUUGAAUUAUCAUACAAUGUCUUUUUCCAAGUUCGUAUCCCCUUGUCACGGUGACAGUAUUGCGAUAUACAACUCUACCAGCGGAGCGGUCAAGUGUCAGGCCUGUGUUAAAUGCCCCCAAGGACGAGGCCUCUCUGUGCAAUGCAGUUCUGUUCAAAGCCCAGAGACACCCGUAGUUUGCGAGCCAUGUGUGCUUGGGAAAACGUACUCCUCUGGAAAAGACGCCGGGGCAUGCAUGAGCUGUGAGAAUUGUGAGGAGUAUCGCGAAACCAUAAAAGCCUGCACUCUGACUUCCAAGGCAGUGUGUGGAAAGUGUAAGCCUGGCGCUUACCAAGAUGACCGCCUAACACAAUUGUGCCAGCCCUGCUCCCGCUGUUGUGAUGAUCAAGAUGAUCUAGUCGAGCCGCAGUGCCAAGAAAUGCUUGAAAACAAGCGGUGCAGUUUUCACAGAUCACACGUAUGCAGCAAAGUUAUAACUCGUACAAAUUUCAGCUCAGUCAGCUCUGUGGAAACAAACCACACAGUAUCACUGGUAUUGGUGCCGUCUCCCACAAGCCAAGUAACCGCCUCAUUGAGCAUGCGCACUGCAUAUCAGAAGACCCCGGUGGCUGAUCGUCCUUCGAGAGCCGCAAUCAUUGGUGCUGCUGUUGGUGUUCCAUUAGCUGUAGUCCUGUUGCUGUUGGUCAUUUGCUAUUUUCUUAAAAGAAAGAGUAAUCACCGAGUAAAUAAGAGGGUUAAUGACGCCGAAAGGUCGCAAGAAACACGUGGCAAAGAAGAGUCUUGUGGAAUUGAUUUAGAACAGUUGAACACAGAAAGGUUACAGCCAGUAGACGAUAGUAACGCCACAUCGCCAGGGACCAAGGAAACUCAAAUACUUGGCCAGAACAGUACAGAUGUCUGCAAGCUAUCAAUAGAGGAAAGUGAGGCUACUUCGCCAAGUGUCCAAGAAACUCUGCCACCGGACUACAACAACACAGAGCACCAGCUGUUCAAGAAGGCUCCCAAAGACAACAGUUGUCACACUGUGGUGAAGACGACCACUAUAAACACCGUGACCUACUGUUCAACUUGUAGUUCUGGUCCAGAAUCUACAGGGUAUGGAGAAGAAUGAAGAGCGGUUGUAUAGAUAAUAAUACUUCAGGUUUUCAGUCUCGAAACUCGAUGACACCGGUUUUGUAUCCAUUUGAAUGUGUUCAUUUUCCGUCGGGUGAUGAUCUCACAGUGUCUGAAACGAACGAACAUUUAUGACAAAGCGAUACUCUGUUAAUGAAUACCUAGCAGGCUAGGGGACCGUUUCUCGAAAGUCCUGCUGAAUUAACACGUCCGAAGCCUCAUAUAAAAAUCAAAAUUUAAGGAAUAGAGAGGCUGAUCAUUUCACCCUAACCUGUCCAUCUUGUUUCUUUAGCUGAUAGUUUUAUUGUAUAAUUUUUAAACAAUUUUAAAACUUCCAUCUAGAAUAAAAACAUAACAGCUAUAUAGGCCCGUUAAUUUACCGGGACCUUCGAGAAACGAGCCCCCCUACUUAAACUAGACGGAGUGCUAUGCGUUUUAAAUUAACAACAGUUCUUUAAAUACUGUGAGUCAAACUUUGCUUGAUAUUUAAAUGAAUUUCUUUGGUCCUCCACUGAGCUAUAGGAGACUCGCGGCAGGCUUGGCUGUUGCUAGGAUAGAAUUGUAUAUGUAAUGUUUAUGCGCAAUGAUUAUAUAAAUGAAGAUAGUAAAUUUUAUG